CUCUCUUCGCCGAGGGGUUGGAGACGCAGAGAUCAGAAAAGAAGCAAGCCAUGGCCGAGCAAGGCAAACCAGAGCUCUUCGAACUCAACAAUGGAACAAUGCGAGUUAAGAUCAGCAAUUAUGGUGCCACCAUCACUAACCUUUUCGUCCCCGACAAACAAGGACGCGUCGACGAUGUUGUUCUUGGAUUCGACACCCUUGAGCCAUACCUCAAAGGUGUCGCUCCUUAUUUUGGCUGCAUUGUUGGUCGGGUAGCAAACAGAAUCAAAGAUGGGAAGUUUACUCUUAACGGGGUGGAAUAUACCUUGCCACUGAAUAGGCCCCCAAACAGUCUCCACGGUGGCAAAAAGGGUUACGAUAAGGUGGUGUGGGAGGUAGUUGAUCGUAAAGAUGGUGAAAACCCUUCAAUUACCUUCAAAUAUGAAAGUCAUGAUGGCGAGGAAGGUUACCCGGGGGACGUCAGUGUAUCUGCAACCUACACACUUACUUCAAGCUCGACAAUGAAGCUUGAAAUGGAAGCCGUGCCCAAGAACAAGGCCACUCCAUUUAACUUAGCUCAGCACACUUACUGGAAUUUGGCAGGUCACAGCUCUGGGAACGUCCUUGAGCAUGUGGUUCAGAUUUGGGCUAAUCAUGUUACCCCUGUUGACGAGAACACGGUCCCCACGGGUGAAAUCUUGCCUGUUAAAGGAACUCCCUUUGAUUUCACAACAGAGAAGAAAAUUUCUGCCUCGAUCCAUGAGGUUCCUGGCUUGGGUUACGAUCACAAUUAUGUGCUCGACUGUGGUGAAGAGAAAUCAGGUUUGAAGCAUGCUGUUAAAGUGAAAGACCCAUCCAGCUCAAGGGUUCUGAACUUAUGGACCAAUGCCCCUGGGAUGCAGUUUUACACUGGGAACUAUGUUAAUGGUAUUGUUGGUAAAGGUGGGGCAACUUAUGGAAAGCACUCAGGACUGUGUUUGGAGACGCAGGGAUUCCCUAAUGCUAUUAACCAACCAAACUUUCCAUCUAUUGUUAUUCAACCAACUGAGAAGUAUAACCACACUAUGUUGUACGAAUUCUCAGUGGAGUAAACAGUCAUCUUCAA